AUGACAACUGCGACGCCUCUGUCGCUGCCCUUUGUUCUCGAUCAAAGACAGCUUGCGUCCGCGUCAGCGUCACAUCGAAGGCGUUGGAAACCGGAUCGUCCCAAUUAUCGAGCCCUCAUCACAGCGAAUUAUUCCAAAGUCAGCGCUGAAGCAGCUGCAUCGUCUUAUACAGCAUCACGUUUUCAGAGCGCGUCCAAUCCAACAGCGCCCUCGUUUGAUCACGAUCAGCUCGAAGCCGACUUGCAGGAAUGGGGACUGCCCUCCUUGCCUACCACCUCCAAACUCGCCGCGCCAACUUCGGCGCUCUCCUGGGAUGAGAACUCGGCACAAGCUAGCUGUUCCUAUCUGCAGAGUGCACACUCGUCUAGAGACUCUGCUGUACCUGCGAGCUUGGAGCAAUGGGAUCCGUCGAUCUCGUUUGCUCCGUACUCGUCCAGCGCCUUGGACCCGAUCGAUUUCGGACCACGGAACGAUUCGAGUCCUUCGACCAAGUACAACCCAGGUAUGGGACGCGUCAUCGCGAUAGGAAGAGACGACGGUACGGUAACCUUGUAUCGCGCAUAUGGCCGUGUAGAGGAUUACGAGUCGCUUGCCGACACACUUCAUCGACCAGGGGUCGCGGACGACACCUUGCCCGCCUCUGUUUCUGCCUCCGCCAACCUCUCCCAUCUCAGUCCGUCCGAGUCACGUCGAUCGUCUGAUAUCUCCAACCCAAUUAAUCUUCGCAGUCCCGACGUCGAUACGCCCUCAAUCAGGCUACCCUCCUCGUCCGCAUCCAAGUCAAUCGUUUCGUCCAGUCGGGAGCCCACCUCAUUCCUCUCAACCUUCUCACCCGUCGACCGCUCUCCGUUCACGACACGCUCCAUCGUAUCCGCCGCUUCGGUCAGCUCGACCGUCGCAACCAAUGUUCAGAUCGACGAGGGUCUACCAGCCCACAGUCUGCAAUCCAACAUUAACGCCACUGGCCACACUGCAGGACGAACCUUCGGAGAGCAGGCCGAGGACCGCUUGGAGUUGCAGAUGGCCGCUGCGGAGCGCAAUGAUCACCAGCACGGCGUAGUCGGCGGCGUCAUUGAACGGCUUGGUCUCUCAUCCCACUCACAUUCGCAAUCACACUCACACUCCUCCUCGCCGCAACCACGAUCCCCUAAGGAGCAUUCUCGUCACCAGUCUUCUCAUCGCAAUCAAACCAGCGAGUCUCGACAGUCACCUAUCACACCUCCGAAUGGCACACGUUCGGUCGAGGCCCUCGCUGCCGUCUCAGAAGACCGGCCAAGGUCGGAUGCCCAGCUUCAGGCUUCCAUCCCGCAUUCUACCUCAGAUGCAUGGCUGAACGAUCCCAGUCGCGGUACCUUUGGCGAGCUCAUGACACUGUACACGCGCGAUCGAUCUCCUGUUGUCGCGCUUCGACUUGUACCGUUUCCCUCGAAAGGCGAUGACCAGCAGGAUACAACAUUGAAGUCUGGACUCGCCCCUCCAGUCAGCGACAAGACGGUUUUGCUAGUGGUCCAAGAGGCCGGCUUCGUCUCGCUGUGGUCGAUCCUGGAGGGCUCUCUUAUCUGGCAGACGGACGUUACAAGCGCGUACAUCGAUGCCACCGACUUCGCAUCGCUCGACGUGAGUGGAUCACAAACUUCAGCGUCCCUGGGGAUGAUACAUUCGUUCAGCAGACAGCUUCCUGCAGCCAUCGGCACACCGCUCACGCGUAGCCCAGCAGGAUCCGCACGGGCGUCCCCAAGACCAGCCCCAGCAGGCAGCGAUGCUAGUAUGAGACGAUCAAUGCUCCGAUCUGCUCUGAGCGCCCCUGAUGCGUCGACAAACCCAAGACUGCGCGAAUCCCACGGCGUCAAGCUUCACGGCUCAGUCCAGGCUUUAGAUUUUCAUGGCGCACCCAUCGCUCUGCUUUGGGACUCACACUCGUCUUCGGCGAUGAUGCUAGAUCUCUCGGACGGGAGGUUGCUGCUCCAUGAGGCCGUCGACGAUGUUUUCGCGACCAGCGUACCGAAGCUGAGGCUAGCGGCUGAUUCCAAGGAGCAACUCGAACUGUGUUGGUUUAGCGAGACCGAUCGCAAGCUCCAGAAGCAGAGCGUUCGGAUGCUGUCCAGUACAGGCAUAUCCCAGACGCAAGGCGAUGCCAUCAGUCUACCGAAUCCUCCUCUCGGCUUCAUCUUUGAGGGCAAAGCAGAGGCAACGGGCGCCUCGUGGACUCUCUCCAUUGAUGACGCGCAAGCAGACUCCGUCCACAUUUCAGCCGACCAUAUUGUGGUGCAGUCGCGGACACGACUUUCGAUUCUUAACGCCCGUGACGGGCCUUCCAUGUUCGUGCAGGAAGCAACUGACGGUCACUUCAAGGGCAUAUGUGGAUCAAGUCGCGAUGGGCAACAUCUGCUUGUACAGACCACCUCGGGCCUGGCAAGACUCCGUCUGACGACGACGCGAUCGCACCUCGUGGAGCAGCAUCACGCCGGUGCGAUCAAGGGAAAGGCAGAGUUUUCGUCGCUUCCCGGUCAACCGCCGAGUCGACUCUGUCUCGCUUGGAACUUGCCUGGCUCAGGAGAGCUCCUUGACAAGCUCUUCCUUAUACAGCCUCUUUCAGCGCAGCGACCAGAAAUGCCUGCAGAAGAUGCGGACGCCUCGUCAAUAUCGAGUGACCUCGCCACCUUCGACCUUGUCACCUCACGCACGGACGACUUGCUCGGUCCUGGUCCGUCAAGGGUAGAAGGGGCGCAGAACAAUCAUGACGAACAUGGAUCUGCCAACUCCAUUACGGCUAUGUUGCCUCUCAGCCUUGAGAGGAUAUCAGUAGCAAGCUGGGGCGGCCUCAGAAUCCUUUCAUUGUCGUCCAUCGCGGCUGGCGUUCCCAGCGGCCCUGAGAGGGCUGGAAACGACAGGCCCAAGCCAAUUUAUGGCGGCAGCAACAGUCUGGGUACGGACCACAAAAUUUGCCUGCUUCGCUCGGCUGUUGCUCCUCGAUCUGGUCAGCGUCUUAUCAUCGGUGGUACCAUGCAAGGCGAGGUCGGGUUCUGGCACGCAAACGUGGCCACGGCACAGGAUGGAGCAUCAACUUCGUUUCCUCCACUGGAAGCGAAGCUCUCAGUUUCGACCACGCCAGUGGAAGCUCUCGUCGUAUUUGGCGAUGAGGACAACACCAUCCGUCUGCAUGGAUGCGUCGCCUGCAUCUGCGCAGAUAGCUCAGUGUCGAUCAUAUUGCUCGAAGGCUUUCGAUUGAUGUACACGAUCCCAGGUCGAGGUGCACGUCUGACCUCGUUAGCAUCGCGGGCGGAUGAACUAUUGUUGACGUACGACGACGACAAGGCCCGCGUUUGGGAUCUUCGCUCGCAAGAGCUUCGGCGCAGCAUCGCCACAGAUCAAGCACAAGCUCUGAUCGAAGAUGGCAAGGGCUGGUGGACAGUCAAGACCGUCGAGCCGUACAGCCCGUUGCACUCUGGCACCACUGGAGUAUUGUCGCAGCUUGCAUCUGCGCGCGAUGGUGCCGCUGCUUCUUUGCUGGUGGACUUUCGACGUGCGAUCGAGGCUGCUGCGCGUGCUGUGCGUGGAAGCGGCCAAGCCGUUGCGAAGGAGGACUUGUCGCAGGCGGCAGCUCGCAGUGGGCAGCCGAGCGGAGCGUCGCCUCAGCCUGCCUUGACAAUGCGGACAGAGCCGGAUUUCGAACGGACCGAAGGACAAACGUCGGUCGGACUGGGCUCGCCGGCUGCGCGCAAAGCGGUCAACAUCAUACGGCCCUUGCUACCAACAGUGUUUCCGUCUGGACUUGAUGUGGAUGUCGACGCAAAGCUUGCAGCGCUGCUGGAUCUGGAAGAGCAGUCAGCGUCCGCGUUCGGCGUUGGGCUCCAUUCCGCACCUGAUGGUCUCGUGGUCAGCGGUACGGAUGGUAAGGGUGCGGCAGCUGCAGACACGAAGGCCAAACAGGCGUGGAAGCUCAGUAGCCGACUCACAACGACACGCCUCAUUGUGGCGUCUGCGUUGCUGCAAGUGCUGAGCCACAUCAGCGAGCUCAGUGGGCUAGCGACAGCUUUGCAAGACUUCGUUCAGGACGAAGCACAACUGUCGACCUUGGUCGGAGUUGGCUUCCGUGGAGUCAGACUCGAGGAGCUGGUACCUUACUGGCUAGACAGCAAUUCCGAGCUGCAGACUGCCUGUCGAGCUAUGUUUGCAGCUGCCCUUGCGCGCCUCGAGCAGACGGAGCUGGACGAGGUAUGCAGUCAAUGGCAGGGCUGGCUGACAUCAGCAAAGAAUGCAGCCCUGCAAACCGCAAAAUCGCCCCUCGAGGGCAGACAAGGGCCGAACUCCGUUGAAGGGUCAGAGCUCCGAACACGUGCGCUCGCGCUUGUGGGUAGCAUAGCGGUGGAGCGGUACACGAGCCUGUCGCCACGCUUGCUCAAGGACGUCGCUAGCACGAUUCACGGCGCCAUCGUCUCUGAUCGGGGUAGCGAAAUGCGAACGCCUCAGGAUCUGCAGAUGCUUGCGGUGGCAAUCGAGCUAUGCCGAAGUGGAUUCUCCGUGUGGCAGCACUACUUUGAUGCGACGGAAGUGGUACGAUCGCUGUUCGCGCUCAGCACGUCGACGUCAUCCUCCACCUCGUCGACCAGCAAAGCUGAUGGCGACUUGCGAACGCUUGCACGAGCCGCGACGCUACAGAUCGCGGCCGAUAAUACGCCGCUGUUCAUGACGACGCUCUCGCUGGAUAUCCUGCACGCACGGUCACCAGCGCACUGCUCGGCAACGAUGCGAUUGGUGGCAUUCAUGGUGCGAAAGCGACCGUCUGUUCUGGUUGCCAACCUGCCGAGACUGGCGGAAGCGGUGGUCAAAUCGCUGGACCCGACGCACACGACGAUGAGGGAAGCUGUAGUCAACGCUGCCACCGUCAUGAUUUCGGAGCUGGUUUCUACAUAUCCUAGCGUAAGCUUCUUUGGUGGAGGACAGAGGCUAGCCGUAGGAACGCACGAAGGCGCGGUGAUCGUAUACGAUCUCAAGACAGCCACUCGGCUAUAUGUGCUGGAAGGACAUCGACGGCGUGCGGAUGCAGUCAGCUUCAGCCCGGACGGACGCAGACUGGUUACGGUGAGUCUGGAGGAAGGCCGAGUGUUGAUCUGGAAAACAUCUUCGGGGUUCAGCAGCUUCUUCUCCCCCGGUCAGAUGCCGAGGCAGGGCGCAACGGACGCCAAGCUGACGGAUGGCGCGUACAGAGCCUUCUUGUUCAACGUGGGUGACCAUCAGCAGAAGGGCAGGGUAGAGACGAAUCGCGAGGGACAGCUGGGAGAAGAGCAAGACUUCGUGGGCUUUGACAGGAUCGGGUUCCAGUGGAACUCGGAUCGCAGCGUCAAGGUUCAGAUCGGUGAGGCACAGCUGAACAUCAGCGUUGAGUAG